AUGCUACUCAGUAUACCCCUUUUCCUUCUCCUCACCCUCACGGCAGCAACCGCUGGCCAGAACCUAGCACCGCCCCCGGACGACGACACCGUCUGCCCUGAGGGCACAGUCGCCUGCGGCCCAGUCUGUGUCCGCGCAGACCAGCGCUGCUGCAACGACCCCUCCACCUCGGAGUUUUGGUCCUGCGAGAGCACCCGAACAUGCGGGCCAUCAAAAACGGACGGCUGCCGCACCCCACCAGACCAGCACCCUUCCUUGCCACCAGAGACCUCUGGGCCGCCGUCCACCGCGUCCCACUCGUCUGGCAUUGACCCGGCCGACCCAACCACCACGGUGUCUCCCACUGGGAUGUGGACGUGGCUGUCGUCCGGUGCCUCAACCUCCCCGCAGCCGACUUCGACGAGCGUGGACCAGCCGCCGACGUGCUUCUUCGAGGUGCCAGCCGUGAAGAGGGUGCCCUCUCAGAAGGAGGCGCCGUGCCCUACAUCGCUCGUGUCGUCUGACACCCCUACGGAGGCUCCUGCCAAGACCGGAAUGGCGGCCAGGGACCGGCUGUGGGAUGUUGCGGUGGUCAUUGGGGUUGCGGUAGGGGUCGUUGCGUUGCUGGUAUAG